AGUCAACCCAAAAGAGAAUGUACAUUUUUCAAACUAAAAGCACAAAUUCAAAUUCAGAACAUCACUAGAUCUCAUUUGCCAUUUAAAGUAUACCCUUUUUUAAUGAUAGUUACUUAGAUCAGAACAACUAACAAUUUAGAUUUUAAAGUGAUAGGAAAUAAAGGAAUCCUCAAUCCAAUGUCUACAAAUAUAAUCCACAUCAUUACCAAUAAAGAGGUUAAGUGUAUUUUACAAUAUAAUAGAAGAUCAUGAAAGCAAAAUUUUAAAUAAUGACAGUGAUUGUCAGUCCUAAUGAUGACAUAGACAUAGCUUUUCAAAAAGCAAAUUCAGAAUAAAUUUAAAUGCAGACAUUAAAAACGAAGCCUAAAAUUGAGUAAGAUACUUAAUCUUCAAUUUCUGAAAAAUCCCAUUUCAAGUUUACAAUUGUUCCUAAAUAAAUCAAACCUAUAGCUCCUAUAAAUCAUAUCGAAACUCCUCUAAAGGAUUAAUCCCAGCCCACUGUUUUGCAUUUAUUAAUAGUUGGUACAGUUUGCCUUUUGAUUGGCUACUUUACACAUAUGUUUAAGAAUGGCAAUAGAAAUUGUUGA